AUGUCAGAGUGUAUCCAGUCAAGACUUGCGAGCGAGAUUUGCAACAGGAGUCCGGCAGGAGAGGACGAAGGCCUAAACGAAGGCUUUGCUCUUGUGUUUCAGAGAGAGGCCGCUCCUCCGCCCACGCGCGCGGGCCUCUUGGCGCAGCGCUCGCACGCGCCGCCCCACCACCCGCCGCCGCCGGCGAGGGCGGGCGCGGAUAGCGACGGCGGCCAGUCCUGGAGGGAGCUCACGUGCGGCACCUGCGGCAAGAGGUUUCACGGCCGGAAUAGCAAGUCGAACCUGGAGCGGCACCUGCAGAUCCACACGGGGGUCAAGCCGUUCCAGUGCCCGCUGUGCUCGCACCGCGCCAACCGGAAGGCCAACCUCAAGACGCACAUUGAGGCCCGCCACGGCGCCGACGCCAUCCCGGCCUACCUCUAGGGGUCCCGGCGCCGCCCCGGCCUGCCUCCGAGGGCCCCGGCGUAUCUCACGGGCCCCGGCGCCGCCCCGGCUUAGGGCUAGGGACUCUGGCGCCGCCCUAGCCUAUGUUAGGGGCCCCGGCGCUGUCCUGGCCCAUCUCUAGGGGCCUCGACGCCACAUUUCAGUACAACAUCCCGCUCGCUCUCUGAGGGUCAUUCCUAUGGUGAUAUUGCCCUGUCUCGGAGGCGGCGGGAAUCCAAACGUGAUCAUACGCUAGAAGAGAACACUGGUGCUGAGGCCACCUUAAAUGACCUUGAUGAUACAGCGAUACAAAAUGACCGUCAAAGUGAAACUCAUCUUUUGCUUUUUUGCAUUUAUACAACUCUUUUUAUCUAAGAAUUAUGCUCAGAUCAUUCCAUGGGACACAAAAUGGUUGUUGUAGAUGUUUGUUUUGAAAAAUUCUGAAUAUUUUUUUCAAUCCAAAUGUCUGUAAAAAAAAUUAUAGUCAAAUGAGGGGAAAAUAUUGCUUGAACGGAAGAGGUGUGUGAAGUAAAAUGCAUUUAAGAGCAUGCUAUGUAAUGGCAUCUGUCACUACACAUCAAACAAUUUCGUCUCUUUUGUUCCCUUUAUACAUUUUUCGUCCAUUUUUUCUCUCUUUUCUUUUUCACUUUUUACAAAAUAGUCGUUUCUCUUAUCCUAUUGUAUAAGUCGCUUUUUUUACGUUAAAUCAGUGAGGCUAAAAAAAUAAAACGAUGAGGCUUUAGUUUUAGUUCCGUGUGUAAAUACGUUGCAUGUCUUGCCAGUCGGUUGAGUAGGCCUGGCGACGGUGGG